AUGGACGAGGGGAAGAUGGACGAGAAUGAAUGGGGGUACCACGGCGAGGGCAACAAGAGCCUGGUUGUGGCCCACGCGCAGCGUUGUGUGGUCCUGCGCUUUCUGAAGUUUCCUCCCAAUAGGAAGAAGGCCUCGGAAGAAGUAUUCCAGCACCUACAAAACAUAGUGGACUUUGGCAAAAAUGUCAUGAAAGAGUUUUUGGGGGAGAACUAUGUUCAUUGUGGGGAGGUGGUCCAGCUGCCUCUAGAUUUUGUGAAGCAGCUCUGCUUAAAGAUACAGUCUGAGCGACCAGAAUCUCGCUGUGACAAGGACCUGGACACACUCAGUGGUUACGCUCUGUGCCUUCCCAAUUUAGCCAGACUUCAGACCUACCAUUUUGCCGAGCACCGGCCGAUUCUAUGUGUAGAGAUCAAGCCAAAAUGUGGGUUUAUUCCUUCCUCCAGUGCCGUGACGCACGAGAUGAAGCACAAGGUGUGUCGCUACUGCAUGCACCAGCACCUCAAGGUGGCAACUGGGAAGUGGAAGCAGAUCAGUAAAUACUGUCCCCUUGACCUCUACUCAGGAAAUAAGCAGAGAAUGUACUUUGCCUUGAAAAGCUUGUUGCAGGAGGCACAGAACAACCUGAAGAUAUUUAAGAACGGGGAGCUGAUUUAUGGCUGCAAGGACGCCCGCAGCCCCGCAGUUGACUGGCGUGAGCUGGCACAUCACCUGAAGCCCUUCUUCUACCCGUCCAACGGCCUGGCCAGCGGGCCCCACUGCACGAGGGCCGUGAUCCGGGAGCUGGUGCGCGUCAUCACGCGGGUGCUGCUCAGUGGCUCAGACAAGGGCCGGGCAAGUGCCCUGAAGCUGGGGCCUGGGCCGCCAGGCCCUUGUGUCUGUGAAGCCAGCCCCUUCGGCAGGAGCCUGCGGCACCAAGGAAAAAGCAGCCUGGAGCACUCGGGGUUGCCGAAGGACUGUCUUCUGUACCAAACCCUUCAGGUGCAGAUGUUGGACCUGCUGGACAUCGAAGGCCUCUACCCUCUGUACCGACGGGUUGAGCGGUACCUGGAGGAGUUUCCUGAGCAGAGGAAAGCAUUGCAGAUUGAUGGGCCUUAUGAUGAAGCGUUUUACCAGAAGCUGCUCGACCUUUCCACAGAGGAUGAUGGGACAGUGGCCUUUGCGCUGACCAAGGUGCAGCAGUACCGGGUGGCCAUGACGGCGAAGGACUGCUCCAUCAUGAUCGCGCUCUCGCCCUGUCUGCAGGACGCCAGCUCUGACCAGAGGCCGGUGGUCCCUGCAUCACGAUCCAGGUUUGCCUUCUCCGUGUCUGUGCUGGACCUUGACCUCAAGCCCUACGAGAGCAUCCCGCACCAGUACAGGCUGGACGGCAAGAUUGCCAGCUACUACUCGAAGGCGGUGCGCGCCCACGACGCCGCCGCGGCCGCCCGGCUCAAGGAGAGCGAGGACUGCACGCUCGUCCUCCGCAAGGUCUGA